CCAAACUACACUGACCUCGUUUUUGUCCAAUCACAUGGAAGACUCACAGUUGUAUAUAAGUAUCUCCAACAACUCAACAUACUGUUCAAAGCAGAAGACAAGCAGAGCAAGGGGAAAGCUGCAGUGAGACAGAAGUGGGUACCAAGUAAGGAAUGUCCAUACCAAGGAGGAAAACAAUGAACCCUCUUAAUUUUCUCAUUUUGGUAUCCAUGAUGGCCAAAAGCCAUCAGUUAACGUGCCAAAAUGACUCACGACGUCCAGAAAACACUGACAUCUCAGUCGAAUGUGGCACUUCAUCGAUUAGCUUGGCUAUCCUGGUCUGCCCUGUUGUCUACACUGGCUACAACGAGUCCCUGCUCAAUCUCAACGACAUAUUCAACAAGCCAGAGUGUAAAGGAACUCUGGACGAGUCCGUCAGCCCGCCUGUUGUCAGGUUCACCUUCCCCCUCAACAUGACCAGUGCCUGCGGCAGCAAAUUUGUGACCACCAGUGCAGCUGGCACAGGGAUCUUUGCUGACUUCUCCAAUAUCCAGACGGUUAAUGUCAGUGGUGUGGUGCAAUCCCAUGAUCCAACCACGGGGGUAGUCACCUACAACGCCGAGCUCAAAUACUUUUAUUCCUGUGCUUACCCUCUGGAGUAUCUCAUCAACAACACCCAGGUGGAAGUGUCAGGAUCGUCCAUCGCAGUGAGGGACAAGAAUGGAAGCUUCAUCAGUACUUUGGCCAUGGAACUCUUCAAUGACCCCAACUACGUCACUCCUCUGUUCAUGCCAGCGCUGGGAUUAGAGCUGAGGACCAGGGUCUAUGUCCAGGUCAAAGCAACCAACCUGACUGCUCAGUACCACGUCCUCAUGGACCGAUGCUACGCUUCCAUCUCUCCCUAUCCCACAAACUCCACCUUCUACAACCUGUUUGUCCCGUGCUCUACGGACCAGAUGACCAUCAUGUACGAGAAUGGGGACAGUCACCACGCCCGCUUCUCCUUCCCGGUAUUCAGGUUCCUUGAACAACAGAACCAGACGGUGUCCACUUAUCACCUACACUGCAUCACCAGGCUUUGUGAGAGCAGCACCUGCGGUACUUAUAAGCAAUGUAACAGCAGGAGGAGAAGGGAUGUUGAUUCCCCUGAUGUUUUAGAAGCUACCACCCUGUCCUCAGUUCCCAUUGUCACCAAAAAUGACAACUCGCUGACAUCUAAGGAGGAAGCUUUGUCCAGCACUGCCUCUGACUCAGACUCAAGGAUGGGUCUCGGCAUAGCUGUGGGUGUCCUGACUCUGGCCGUCGUCGUGGUUGCUGCGGCGGCAGCCAUCCUCUACAGGAGGCUCAGACACUUUUAAAGGGGGGCAGACAUCUGUAUGACCGCUCUGCACAAGUCCGACCUCAGCCGUGUUACAAAGAAAGUUUGAAGGAAUGUGAAGAGUUUUCAGCGUGGAGCUACGGCUGCAUGAAAGUUUACAGGCAGUUACAGAGCAAGUAGAUGAGUAAGGAUGUAAGCAAAUUUGGGUGAAC